CCACCCCCUCUCUCUCUCCCUCUUUCUAUCACCCUUUUCCACAUUGUAAAGAAACAAUUUUUUUUUUCUCUUAGUCGCAAGAGAAAAUCCAUUCUUUUUUAUUUUUAUCAAAAUCUGAUUUAAGGGGGGUCUUCCAUUGCCACACCUAAUUGGAAAUCUCUGAUUCAAGAUUAAUGAUGUUUGCAUUGUUUGGUCUCCUUGAGCUGAGGGUCUAUUGAAAACAACGUCUCUAUCCCCACAAAGGCUUUGGGUAAAUAUUCUAUUUAGGUAGCUAAUGCUUUCCGGGUAUGCAGAUUAACUGUAUGCAUUUCUAGAUAUAUGCUCAAGGUCUGGAACUUUUUGCAAGAUUUACGACAUUAGUCUCAAGCUGGGGUGUAGAUUGUGAAACAAUUGGUGUUUGAUUAAUCUUUUGAUUGCUUGAUCAUUUGGGUUGCUUGAUAUAUGCACAAAGUACGGAACUUUGGCAAGAUUUUGGAAUAAUUGUGUUUUGGCAAGUACUUGAUUGCCUGGACCAUUUGGGUGAGUUGAUAAUAGCAGUAUCAUGCAAAGGUAUGGUGACAAGUACAUGGAAAAGGUAUGUAUACCCUUGUUGGAAGCCUACAUUAGAUAAUGAAGGUGAAAAUACCAGCAGUAGAGGAGGAGACCCAGGCGGAAGUGUUGAUGGAUUGUGGUGGUAUAAAGAUUUGGGGCACCAUGUUAAUGGGGAGUUCUCGAUGGCUGUAAUUCAAGCAAAUAAUAUAUUGGAGGAUCAGAGCCAGCUUGAAUCGGGAUCAAUGAGUUUGAUUGAAGCAGGACCUCAGGGCACCUUUGUGGGAAUAUAUGAUGGCCAUGCAGGUGCCGAAGCUGCCCGGUUUAUAAAUGGUCGCCUUUUUGAGAACGUCAAGAAAUUCACCUCAGAGGAUCAAGUAAUGUCAGCCGAUGUUAUAAGCAAGGCAUAUUUGGCAACAGAAGAGGAGUUUCUUUCUCUAGUGAGAAACCAAUGGCAAACUAGACCCCAAAUUGCUUCAGUGGGAUCAUGCUGCUUAGUGGGUAUUAUAUGCAGUGGCAUGUUAUACAUUGCAAAUGCUGGAGAUUCUCGUGCUGUGUUAGGAAAACGGGAGAGGGCUCUGAAAGAGGUCAAAGCAGUUCAAUUAUCUUCUGAACAUAAUGCGAGUUUGGAAUCUGUCCGUGAGGAACUGCGCUCACUGCAUCCUGAUGAUCCAAAUGUGGUAGUUUUAAAGCACAAGGUUUGGCGUGUGAAGGGAAUUAUACAGGUUUCAAGAUCAAUUGGUGAUGCAUAUUUGAAGAGAGCGGAGUUUAACAGAGAGCCUUUGCUCCCUAAGUUUCGAUUUCCUGGAACAUUCCAGAAGCCUAUUCUCCUUGCUGAGCCAUCGAUAUUUGUACAGAAGCUCCUUCCAGAAGAUCAGUUUCUCAUAUUUGCGUCAGAUGGCUUAUGGGAGCAUCUCAGCAAUCAAGAGGCUGUGGACAUUGUCAGCAGUUGUGAACACCAUGGCAUUGCUAGAAAGCUUAUAAAAGCCGCCCUUCAGGAAGCAGCGAAGAAAAGAGAAAUGAGAUAUGCGGAUCUGAAAAGGAUAGAUAGAGGAGUGAGGCGGCAUUUUCAUGACGAUAUUACAGUCAUAGUUUUGUUUCUUGAUUCUCACUUGAUUAGUCGCAGUUCCUUCCGUGCACCUGUGGUUUCCAUAAAAGGAGGCGGAGGAGGUCCUUGAGAUGCCAAUACCUAGAAUAAGUUACCUAUAACCUACCUACGUCUAAUCCCUCGAGUUUAUUAUGAGAAGUUCAGAAAGUGACAGAGAGAAAAAGAAAAAAAGUAUGUAUAACUUUGUUCCUUGGGAUCUCACCAUAAAUGGUAAGUUGAUGAUUAUGCCAUGAACAUUGCUUGGGGCAAAUUUUGUCAAAAUUUUUCACUCAUUGGCAUAUGAAACUUUGAAAGUUAAAGGGCAAGACUGAAAACUAAUUUUGUUUCUGAAGUGAUGUUAAAAGACUCCAUAUUUGAGUGCUCCAAUU